AUGAUUGAAAGUUUUUCAGUCAAAGUGCAAUCAAGUCAUUACAAUGGUGUGGUCAAUAACGGUGUUAUAAGGAAUGAAAAUAAUUCAUUAACAUUCACGAUACCUAUUUCAAAUGAUGAUGUAUUUGAAAAUAUAUCAAAGAGUAAAGGUGAUCUACUCUCUAAGCUGACAUUGUGUUUUCAAGGUGAAUCGAUUGCCGAUGAUAUGGGAACUACUUUUCAAGCACUGACACUCACCGAUAUCCAACAAUAUCAAUAUCAUACCAUUGAUUUUAUAGAUCGACUAUCUCAUUUCAUUCGUAAUGACUUCGAGAGUAACAUUAACACUACAUUUAGAUCUGCAUUGUUAGAACAACUAUUAAUUGCCAUCGAUAAUAUCUAUCAAUAUAUAAAUACUUUAUUUGAUACUGAUAUAUCAACUGCAACUACAUUAUCAUCUACAACAACAACAUUAUAUUCAUCAUUAAAACUAUUAAAUACAAAGAAUCAAUUAUCAUUUUGGCUACAAUUCAGUACUUCCAUCAAUAGAUUACUAUACAAUAUAAAAUCAUAUAAAUUAGUUACAAACAAUGAUUCAAUGAAUGGUAUAAUCAAUGACAUUUUAACAAGGUUUAUGAAAGAUUUAAUAGCGAUUACACUCUAUUCUGGAGAGACAUUCAAACUAGUCAAUGUAGAGAUAAUCAAGAGAUUCAUUUCACAAUUCAAUACAACAAUCAAAUUGAAUUCAAAACAUGUUAAUCUUUGGAAUCUAUUUGAUAUUGUUUUCUAUAACGAAUUAUAUAAUCAAAAUAUAUUAUUUCAAGAAUAUCAAUAUCUUUAUAUAAAGAGUUUAAAUUGUAUAUCAACUUAUUUGGUGGUGAAGAAUCAAGAUGUUUUGUUGAAAGAUGAUCACGAUCGCUCUAAUAAUAGUAGUCAUUGGCAAGGUGUAUUCAAUUUGAUAACAAAGUAUAUUGAUUGGAUCAAUAGUAAUGGUGAUAAUCUCAAAGAAAGAUUGAAACUAGUGGAACAAGGCAAAUUUCAUGUUGAUAGAUUACUUAAUCUAUUGUUGGAUAUGGCUGAGAGAUGGAGUGGUAGUUCAAUGCCAUCUAUCAAAUUCUAUCUUGAUGACGAUGAUAAUGAUAGGAAUAACAACAACAAUACUGAUAAUUAUAAUAGUACCAACAACAACAAUAAUCUAGAGUUAUUCAACAAAUUAUUUACAAUAAUAUAUGAUCUUGCAUUCAUAUCAAUCGAUAGAGUAGAUAGAUGGAUAGAAAUACUAGAUAUAUUCUUAAAUAGUAUAUCAAUAGUAAAUAAUAAUAAUAAUAAUCAAGAUGACAGUAAUAAUAUUGGUAAUCAUUUAAGUAUAAGUAAAUCUAUUGCGACUAAUAUUAGGAAUAGAAUGAAAGAAUCACUUUCCAUUGAAUCACUACCUGAGAGACAUCAGUUUGCACAGGAUGAAUUGAUGGGUGUAUCGAUUGUCAAUGACUACAGACAUUUGUAUGUGCAUGCGAAACGACUCAACACUGUUGUUCCUAGUGUUGUCUUGAAGUUAUAUGUCAAUUCCUUAAAGAUAACAGUUCGUCAUCUAAGUGGUCAAAUCGAUAGACUAACAACAACUACAACUACGACAACCUAUAAUACCAACGCACUCAAAGAUGAAAUGGCUAAUUCCGUUAUCAAACUAUCUAAACUACUAGAUCUCUCCAAGAUCACUAGUACUAGUCAACAAGAUAAUGAAUUUCUAAUCGAUGCUCUAUUCAGUCUACUACCUAAUAUCGAUAGAUUCGAUCGAACAUUCACAAAAGCGUUACCAAGAAUCAAAGAUAUCAUGUCAACAUUCAAACAACAACAACAAUAUAAUUAUAUAAUAAGUAAAUGGUGUAGUUAUUUUAAUAGUAUAUCUAAUACAUCUUUAGAUGAAGAUGAAGAUGAUAAUAGUAAUAGUAUAAACAAUGAAAAUCGUAUCAUUACACUUUUGUUCAAUAGUCAAUAUCAAUUGGAUCAACUUGUACCAUCGAAUGACUAUAGUAUCAUACUCCAACAACAAGAGGAUUGUCAACCUUUGUUAGAUUAUCUAUCAAUAUUAAUAUCAUCGAUGUUAAAAUAUAAUCAAAUACAACCUAAUCAACAAUAUCAUCAACAAUAUAUAAAUAGAUUCAAUAUUAUUAUAAAAGAGAUACUACCAUGUUUUAAGAAAAUAAUAAUAGAUAAAGAUAGACAGUAUCAAAAUAUAAUUAAUAAUAAUAAUGAUAUCGAAAGUAUUAUAUUUAAUCUUACAGUUGAUUGUUUAUAUAUACAAUAUUUAUAUUGGCCAACAUUAGCAACAACUCUUACUAAUCUACCAAUACCAUUGAUAACAACUACUACUUCAAAUCAAAAACAGCAACAACAACAACAACUACUACAGCAACAAGAUCAACCAAAACAAUAUUACAUGAAACUUAAACUAUACCUAUAUUAUUACAAUAGAUUAAGAAAUAUUAAUCAAUUUAUAAAUAAAUAUAAAUUUGAUUAUAUGACAUUGUUACCAUUUAUAUUAUUAGAUAAUGAAUAUGGUAGUGUGCAUCGUAGUUUAAUAGAGACGAUUAUGAAUCUAUUAAAUAAAGAAAAAGUAUUUGCCAAACAAUCAUCAAUAGUUCCACUAUCAAAGAAUGAUAGAUAUUCAAUGUUAAAUACCUUCUUAUUGAACAUCAUAGAGGAACCAGUUAAAUUCAAAUCAAUGUUACUCCACACCAUCGAUUAUAUCAACCUAUUUAAAUCUUUACAACAAAUAGAUAAUGAAAUAUUGAAUGAAAUUAGAUGGUUUAAGGGUAGAGAUACUAGGUUUGCUGUGGAGUUUGCUGGUAGUGGUGAUGGUGCUACCAAAGAGACUUAUCUAUUCCUCUACGAUCUUAUACCACAAGCAACAAUAGUGUACUCUAUUACAUCACGUCUGACCAACUUUGUAAAGGUAGAUGUCAAUUGUGAGUCAUUGGACAACUUGCUCUCCUCGAUUGGAAAGCAAUUGCACGCAUCACACCGACAUCAUUUCCUAAGGAGUUACUGUCUUCCUAUGAUCAGUCAUGUGUCGGCAGACCUCAAAGGUUGUGGAAUACAGCUUAUCUACCGUGUGAUGAAGCAGUUUCCACGCGAUAACAACAAUAACAAUGAUAAUAGCAAUAGUAAAGCGCAAUACUUUAUUAAGGAGUAUGCACUGUUGCUACCGAAACUACUUGGUUAUUACAAAUCGAUAGUUAGCACCGUUGAUUACGUUCGAUUGCUAAAGAUAUUCCGGUUGUUUAUUGAGAGGUUGUUGAUGUACUAUCCUUUGGUUCGUUGUGGUAACAACGAGAAACGCCAAAAUGAAAAGGAAAUGGAACUGAAACUAACCAGUCCGAUACCUACUCAACUGAUGACGGUGAUAUUCGAUCGAUUCAUUCCGAUGUUGGUCGACAGCAUUGUUUUCAUACUCUCUAUAAAUGGUGAAACCAACAAUCUCGAGCAACAAACGAGAUUCAAACAUUCGUGGAUGGUUCACAGCGCAGCCUUUACAGAGAGCAUAACACUACAUCUAGAUAAACUAUUGUUGAUCGAUCAACAGCAACAGAGUGAUGAUAUAAAUCACUUCAAACCAAUCGAUUUAAAUCAUUUGAUUUUAAGAAAUAAUUUAAUGUUAAUGAAACCACUAUCAACCAAUAACAAUAAUAAGAAACCGAUAAUCAAACAGCUAUUCAAGCUACUGUUGAAUCUAUUCUACUUUGGAUCAUAUGGAAGAAGUAUUGUACUUGAUAUCCUACCAAUAAUCAACACAAUCAUCAAAGACAUUCAAGACUAUCAACAUCCAAUAUUUUUAUAUGGUAUAGAAUUUUUCAAAAAUAUUGGUAGUGUUGGUGCAACAUAUAUUAAGAUUUAA